GCACUGCCGGGAAGGGAUUCAGUCCGCGGGAUCACUACCGCACUUGCCGCUCGCUUGCCUGCACGUGACCAACCGUUUUCGGAACCACCAUAAUGGUUUCCAACAACGCUGCACUGUCCUUGCUGCUGGUGUGCGCGUUCGCUCCAGCCGCACUGUGGGCCCAAGCUACAAUAACGGCGUCGGUUGACCGUCACUCGCAACCGGGACGCCUCGAUCGCAGCAAACUGCAUCUGCUCCGGUACGAAAAGUUCAGUGAAAGAGGAAAUGCGAAGGAGCUGUCACCGUACCGACUGCCCAACGACACCUUCCCGGAGAGCUACACGCUGGAGCUUAGCUCCAACAUACACGCGCAGGACUUUAGCUACUCGGGCACGGUCGUGAUAAGGGUGCGCGUUCGACAGGCUACCCGGUCGAUUGUGCUGCAUUCGUUGCGCAGUACGCUGGUGCAGAUAGAGGUACGAAACUCCAACCAGUUGAAUGUGCCGAUUGUGACAACCGAGCAGGACCCGGAGCUGGACACGCUCACCAUCCGGAUGGGGACGGAACUGCAGCCGGGCAUCUACCAGCUAAUGGUCCGGUUCGAAAACACACUUCGUAGCGAUGUUGGUGGAUUUUACUGGACAUCGUACGGUGUUGGGAACGAGGUGAGAUAUGCCGCCGUUACACAGUUCCAGCCGGUCGAUGCACGCACGGCGUUCCCGUGCUAUGACGAGCCAGGAAUACGGGCCACCUUCACCAUAAGCAUCACCAGCGGCGUUGGGACGAAGGUUUACUCCAACAUGCCGGUUAAGUCGGUUUCGAUAAUUGGAAAUGGACUGAAGCAAACCCGGUUCCACACGACACCCAGCAUGUCCACCUACCUGGUGGCGUUUGCCAUUACGGACGAAUUUGCCAGCACACGGUUGUCGCUGCCGGCACCGCCGACCAACCUCCGGAUGGAGCUCAUUGCACCGCCAACCGCAUCGGACAGGGCGCAAACGUACGGGCUGGAGCUCGGUGGCAUCGUUAUUCGCGCGGUAGAGCAGUACUUCAACCAGACGUACGACCUGCCCAAACUGGAUCAGCUGGCCGUGCCGGACUUUUACUUCGCUGCUAUGGAAAACUGGGGCUUAGUCAUCUACGAGGAGCGGUAUCUGCUGUACGAUGAGGCGGCGAACACGAACCGCGAUAAAGAGAACGUCAUCGCGACCAUUGUUCACGAGUUUGUGCACCAAUUCCUGGGCAAUCUGCUGACACCGCACUGGUGGUCGGAUCUGGCACUGAGCGAAGGUUUCGCCACCUUUUACGAGUAUUAUCUUAGCAGCAUGCUGGAGCCGAAUAUUAGAUUUAUGGAAAAGUUUACCAUCGAAGCGCUCCAAACGGCACUGCUGCUGGACGCUGACAUCAGCGUGCGGCCCAUCUCGUACGACGUGCAGCGACCCGUCGAUAUCGGCCGUAUGUUUGACAUCAUCUCCUACCAGAAGGGUGGCAGCGUGUUCCGCAUGUUCCACUACGCUUUCGGCGAGCGGGCGUUUCAGAAGGGAAUGCGUCGGUACAUCAGCGCCAACAAAGGCCGAUCGGUCACACCGGAUGAUCUGUUCGCGAGUCUCGAGAACAGUGUACGGGAAGAGGCCGCGCUACCGCUUAGUCUCGAUGUAGCAACGGUCAUGAAACCGUGGAUCUACCAAUCGGGAUAUCCUCUGGUCACGGUCAAAAUGCAGGAUGGCGAAUUGACCUUCUCCCAGCAGCACUUCCUGUAUCCCGAGUCGACGAUCGACAGCAACCGCACCUGGUGGAUACCGAUCACGUACGAAAUCACACCUGGCGUGGCGAAGAAGUUUUGGAUGCCUCAGGGCACUUCGCAGGUGUCGCUGGAGGAGGCCGAGUUGCCGGCCGGCGGCUUCCUUUUAGUGAACCCGCAGCAAACCGGAUACUAUCGCGUUAACUACGACGAGGCUCUGUGGAUGCGUUUGAUCAGUCGGCUGAAGGAAGACCCAUCGGUCGUGUCACCGGUCUCUCGCGGCCAGCUGCUGGACGAUUGUUUCAAGCUGUACUACAGUGGGCGCGUAGCAGCUGGCACCAUGUACGGGUUGCUAUCGUAUGCCGCGAGCGAAACCGACGCCAUACCGUGGACCGUGGCCUUCGCCAACGAUAAUCUUGGAGUGUUGCGCGACGCACUGAUCGUGGACCGAUCGGCAUUUGAAGCGUUUUCGCGUUUUGUAACCACGCUUACCACGAACGUGUUCAACGCCGUUGGCUUUGAUGCGUCGCCAACCGAUCCUCACGAAACGCAGCAGCUGCGCCGCACCGUCAUCGAGUGGAGCUGUCGAUCGGGAUCGCUCGAGUGUCGCACUGAAGCGCUGUCCCGGAUGGUGAGCGAUCUGGCCGGAACGGUACUGUUGCCGUCGUACAUCAGGGACAGCGUUUACUGUGGAGGCGCAACGAUCGCCAGCACGGCACAGCUAGAGACUGUGUGGGCUCGUUUGCAGACGGUGACCGACGUCGGUGAGCGGUUAAACACGAUCGAGGCGCUGGCCUGUUCGGAGAAUGAACAGUUUUUGGACGAACUGCUCAACUCGAUCCUUACCAACGAGAAUCCAGGCGAAUGGGAGUUCAUACUGUCGGCCGUUUAUCGCAACUCUGCCAUCGGGUACGAAGCAUUCAAUCGUUGGUUGACCACCAAUUCGCUGCAAAUUUUACAAAGUAUCGGUACGGACCCUGCAUUCCUUAACAUUUUGGCCGACAUCAAUCAAAGGGAGGCCAGCGUGCAAAAGUUUGAUGAGCUGGUGCAACUUUUCCGCAAUUCUUUGCCCGCUCACUAAAAUUCAAUUAUUCAUGUAAAAUUAGUGUUUUUUAUGAAUAAACCGUGGAAAGAUAUGUGUUGUUUUACGUGUA